CCGCAGGCUCAGCAUUCAGUGACCACAGGCUGAUUAUUGUAGGUUUAUGCCACCUGCCCAACGGGGGUGAUGGAUGGCAGAGCGGAAAUGGAGGUCAUGAGAAGCACCAAGGGGAAUACCACCGGGGAGGUCAGCGUCCAUCUGGUCGCCAAUGAGAACACAGUGCAGAACGCACACCUGCCCGCAACUGCCUUCAUCAUCCCAGCAAACACCGCCACCAUCAGCCUCCCCGCCAGCACCUUAGAGAUCCAGCGAUUUCCCCGGGAGCAGCAGAGAAGCGCAGGUGCCGAGAGACUGGAGAGGGGGGCAGGGAAUGAGCCGAUCACGGCGACCGUCAUCCCCCAGAUCAGCGGGGUGCAAACCUGCAACACCGUCCGGGUACUGGAGUGGAAAGAUGGCAUGGCCACUCUGCCUGGCAGCAACUUAAGAUUUCGGAUAAAUGAAUAUGGGACGCUGAAAGUGGUGAGUGCUGAUAAGAUCCCCCCUGUGGAGCCCCUAAAGGAGGGUCAUGCGGAGAGAGAUGGGGAGUUGGAGGUGGCGCCCACCAGCAGAGACAAUCCAGCUGCUGCUCAGGAUGUGCCUGAGCAGCCCAAGCUGCCGACAGCAGAGAGCAUGUGCCACUGCGAUACCUGUGGCCGGAGACAUGUGUCGGAGGGGGCCCGGGAGGGCAGGGGGUUCUGCAGCGAACACUGUCAUCGGCAGUUCAAGGAAAGGUCUGUCAUAGUGGAGAACUCUGCCGGCAGCACUAACGCCACCGAAAUCCUCAAGCAGGUGAAAAAACGGAAAAGAAAGGAUUACCAGAGCCCUUCGGAGGAGGAGGAAUAUGAAUCAGAGCAAAUGGAGGAGAAGCAGGAAGAGAGAAAGAACUCGGGGGGAGACCCCACCAUCAGCAACACGGAGAGUGAAGAGUGGAGCAUGAACCAGCACGGUUCCAGCGAGGAGAAGAAAGAAGGCUGGUCCUGGGCAUCCUACCUGGAGGAGCAGAAAGCCAUCACUGCCCCUUUAAAUCUGUUCCAAGAAUACCAGUCAGUUGCCCAGCACAAGAAUGGCUUCAAGGUGGGGAUGAAGCUGGAGGGGAUCGAUCCCCAGCACCCUUCGAUGUACUUCAUCCUGACUGUGGCUGAGGUGUGUGGUUAUCGGAUGCGCCUGCACUUUGACGGCUACUCCGAAUGCCAUGAUUUCUGGCUGAACGCCGACUCCCCCAACAUUCAUCCUGCCGGCUGGUCUGAGGAGACGGGGCACAAACUGCAGCCCCCCAAAGGGUGUUUAGGUUACAAGGAGGAGGAGUUCACCUGGACGAACUAUCUGAGGAUAACGAAGGCUCAGGCAGCUCCCAGGCACCUCUUUGUGACCCCAAACAAUAAUGCCGUUCCCACGGGAUUCCAGGUGGGCACAAAACUAGAAGCCGUGGACCGCAUGAACCCUUCCUUGAUAUGCGUUGCCACGGUGACGGACGUGGUGGACAAUCGUUUUUUGGUGCACUUUGACAACUGGGAUGAUACUUAUGACUACUGGUGCGACCCCAGCAGUCCGUACAUCCACCCCGUCGGCUGGUGUCAAGCGCACGGGAAACCCCUCACACCUCCUCAAGACUAUCCUGACCCUGACAGCUUCAACUGGGAAAAAUACCUGAUGGAAACUGGAGCAUCUGCAGUGCCAGCUUGGGCCUUUAAAGUGCGGCCGCCCCACAGCUUUCUGGUGAACAUGAAGCUGGAGGCGGUGGACAGGCGGACUCCCUCCCUCAUCCGCGUGGCCAGUGUGGAAGACGUGGAGGAUUACCGGAUAAAGGUCCAUUUUGAUGGCUGGAGUCACGUCUACGAUUUCUGGAUCGAUGCGGAUCAUCCGGAUAUCCACCCUGUGGGAUGGUGCUCGAAAACUGGACACCCGCUGCAGCCUCCUCUCAGGCCAAAGGAACCAGCCGCUUCUGCCCAUGGGGGCUGCCCGACCUUGGGCUGCAAGAGCAUCCCUCAUACCAAAGGCUCCAAGUACAGCUUUCACCACAGGAAGUGCCCAACACCAGGCUGUGAUGGCUCCGGACAUGUGACGGGGAGAUUCACGGCUCACUACUGCCUCUCAGGGUGCCCCUUGGCAGAGAAGAACCAGGGGAGGCUGAAGGCCGAUCUCUCAGACACUGAGGCCUCGGCCCGCAAAAGGAACCUGAUCGGCUUCUCUCAGCGAAAGAAAUCCCGACAUCACGGGAGAGGGCGACCUCCAAAGUAUCGGAAGAUCCAGCAAGAAGACUUCCAAACUAUUUCCUCGGACAAUAUGCACCAGUCCCUCUUCAUGUCGGCCUUAUCUGCUCACCCUGACCGCUCCCUGUCCCUCUGCUGGGAGCAACACUGCAAACUCCUGCCAGGGGUGGCUGGCAUCACAGCAGCUACUGUGGCCAAGUGGACCAUUGAUGAGGUCUUCAGCUUUGUUCAGACGCUAACGGGUUGCGAGGACCAAGCCAAACUCUUCAAGGAUGAGAUGAUUGACGGGGAGGCGUUCCUUCUGCUGACGCAGGCCGACAUCGUCAAGAUCAUGAGCGUCAAACUGGGCCCAGCACUCAAGAUCUACAACGCCAUCCUCAUGUUCAAAAACGCCGAUGACACCUUAAAGUGAUCACACCCCACAGCCCGGGACUGCCCUCAGCACUGCAGCUGCUAAGCUGUCUGUCUGGCUCACUGGAGCUGAGACCUUCUCCACUGUAGCAGCUGUAAAAUCCUGCACGCUCCUUCUCUCUCAGUCGCCUUCUCUGUCCUUGCACCAAACCCAUCUCUCUCUGUCUUUCUCUUCCCCUGCCCUGUUACACUUCUCCUCUGGCCUGGUGGGGGAGCUCCAGUCUGGGUACCGCUGACCAGUGCUCUCUCCCUCUGAUGCUUUUAAAGAGACAGAACACGGAUUUGAGACGGGAAGACCCCCUACCCUUCAAGCACCUCUGACUGACC